CAGCGGCGCGGGGGCCCUGGCCACCCCGGGAGCACCCCAAUGCCCUCCGCAGAGCCCCCCGCCCCACGCCUGCUCCGCCACGGCUGCCUGCCUCUGCGCCUCAUGCCUGGCGCCCAAUGGACCCGGGACACGCAGUCUUUUGUAACUCAGAUGUACCUGACCGUCAGCUACUCUUCGUGGAAGCAAAUGGGUCGCUUCGGAGUGACUCAAAAGCAAUGGGGCGCUGACGGUCAAAGGACAUGUGCAGGCCUUCGGCAGAAGAGCGCUGCCGCAAGAAAAUCAAGCUCUGCCAAGGAAUCUCUGUCAUCACAUAAUACAACACUGAUUUCACCGACAGUCAUUUCACCGAUGAUUGAUGAGAAUAAAUCAAAAGAGAAUUGGCCCACUUCACCUAUGCAGUCCGUGAUCCCCCUGCCCUGUGCUCACCACAGGAAGCAAUCUCUGGCUAACCAUGGUUCUGUCAACGUCAACAGAGCAUUUACAGUACUUCCCAGCAGGUUAGAAAUUCAGGCAUCCUUAGAUGACACCACGGCUUCAUUGGACUCUCCCGUUGCAGAGUGUUGCAACCAGCAGAAAGGUUUUGCCUCCAUAACCGUUACAGCCAGGCGUGUUGCUGCAGGCGCCAGAGACCCAGCACAUGGACCUGGGGCUGUGCAAGAGCCCGAUACCACGUCCCCCACCUCGAGCAAGGUCCGUGCUGCCCUCCCUAGCUGGCCUCCACCAGGCCACGCACACCAACAUGCCUCUCUGCUAAAGAUUUCUGAAUCUUGCUCACAAUUAGGUGAAGAGCCACAAAAGCAGUUUUUUGACCCCAGAAACAAAAAGAGCGAAGUGGGUCUUCAAAGCAGCGAUGGGAGAGAGAAAGCACCACCUUCCUUCUUCUCAUGUGUCCACCUUCAGGUUUCUCAGCAGUGUCCAAAUACCAUCUAUUAUUUAGACAAGUCGCUCAAUGUAUGCAUUGACCAACCUCGAAUUAAAUGCCCCAAAAUUCAUAGAUCAACAUUGUCCUUCAAUAUAAAUUGCAGUUUGUCUAGAUUAACAGCAGAUGGAGUAGAUGGCAUAGCUAAUGGAGAGCCAAUAGAGGAGAUAUUUCAAACAAAGCUCCUAGGAGAAAACAAGACUCCACUCAGAGCAAACAUGAGUGCAACCUUAAAAGAAAAUAAUGUAAUUAAUAAAGACAAAACAAGUGAAGGCUAUUUGGGUAGUAAAUACCCGUUGCCAAGUGUCUUUGUCUCUGAACUUUCAGCAUUUGUGGAUAUACCCAGAGGACCUAAUAAUGUAGUAACGGCAAAGAAAGAUGAUGAUAAGCAGUCUGGCAGCUAUCACACUGCAUUUUCUCUCCAGCGUCCUAGUUCAAGUGAUGAGGCAGGAACAGAAAUGCUGUUGGGAAGCAAGAAGCAGCAAUGCACCACGGGCAGGAUCAUCACAACAGCCUCUGGCUCUCUUCCAGAUACAGCAUCCCGAAAGGCAAUUGCUGCUGCUACUGGUGGCUCAUCGAAAAAGGGAGAUCACUCCAAAGUCACCUCCAAAUCCAAAGAGAUCCAAGCACAGAGCAUCCUGAAACCAAAAGUGUCUGUCUCCAAUAGUAUGUGCAAUAUAAAAGCUUCAUCAAGAAUCCUCUUGGAAGAAAAUGUUCACAGGCAAAACCAGCUCCUAAAAAGUGAUUAUGAAUUUUGUGGUUCAAGUGACAAAAUAAAAGAGUGCAAGGAGGAGGAUGAGCGGGAGCGAGCCAGGAGGGUAACGCUAUCUGCGGCUCACUUGCCAGAUGUUACUCGUGAGAAAAACAACCGGUUCACCCAGCCAGAAACCAGCUCCCAACCUGAGAGAACCCCACCAGCCACGCGGACGCUGCGGGAAGCACUAGAAAUCCAUAAGCCUGAGUUCAUCUCUCGUUCACGAGAAAGGCUGAAGAGACUUGAACAUAUGGUCCAGCAGAGGAAAGCCCAGCAGCAGAGUGAUGCUCCUGUGAGAAACCAAGGAGUGCUUGUUCGCAAACUUUCCUCAACAUCCACUUCCAGCAAAAAAAAACAAUACACCAUUCCUCACCCUCUCAGUGAUAACCUCUUCAAACCAAAGGAAAGAUUCAUUCCAGAGAAGGAGAUGCAUAUGCGAUCUAAAAGGAUUUACAACAAUUUACCUGAAGUAAAAAAGAAACAAGAAGAAAAAGAGAAACGGAUCAUCAUUCAGAGCAACAGGCUGCGUGUUGAGAUCUUCAAAAAGCAAUUACUGGACCAGCUCCUUCAAAGAAACACAGAGUGACAAAGGAUUCUCUUGCCCAUGAUCCUAAUUGGAUCUUGAAUGCCUUUGACUGCUAGAUAAGCCAUAAAAUUUACUGUUAUCUCAAUUACCUGGAGGUAAUUUUUCUUAUCUUUGGUUCUUUAUGGAAAGAAAGAUCAUUUAUAUUUCAAUUGAAAUUUCAAGGCAGCUUUCAAGUAAUCAAAAACAGUCUAAAUGGGAACACAGCUGUUUCAGAGCAUCACCUUUUGGUCAGUGUACCCAGAGGAAAUAAUUUUAAGAAUUUUUAAUGCAAAUACUGAAUUACAGUGGUAUUACUUAUCUUAAUCUUUUAAAAAGUAUACAUCUCUGUAGCACUAGAACUGGGUUUAUAAGAUCUGGAAAACUUAUUUCUCUGAAGUGUUCUAUUAAUUGAUUUCCUGUGAGUUAAAUCCUUGAAGUAAAGAAAAAUGAAUAUCAUUAUUUGUUAUGUUUAGAAACUAGCUGAAAUAGCAUUACCACAUAAUCAUAGCAGCAGCAGUUUCACAUUAAUACUUAACAUACCAAAAGGGACCAAUAUUUUAGCUCUCUGAAGAGCUCUAUUCCUGUUUAUAUAGUGAAUCUACAUAGCAAGCUUACCCUUUAAAAAGCAAUAUUUAAAAAUUUGAUUAUAACACUAUUUUUUGUGUUUUUCAUUGUAAUAUAUAUUUUACUCCACUUCUGUGAGCAUUAAGUAUUUAUAGAAAUGGCAUAUUAAGAAGUGGUGCCAAGAAGUAUGUUUGCAUCAAAACUGCAGAACUAAAACCAUCUGUAACAUUUCCUCCAAAAAUAUUUAAAUCUUUAUUUGUACAUUUUGGAAGUAAAAACAACCAGCUUACAAACCAAUGGAGUUUAUUUAUGGAAUAAAAUAUGA